AGCCGUAUAGCACGUAAUAAUUUUUUGGAGCAUGAAUGCUCCAUUUUCCAGUCAGCUGGUUUAAAAUACAUAUAAUGAGAGUCAAGUUACAAAUAAACCAUGAAACUGUAACUUAACCUCGAAACAAAUGAUGGUAUCCGUCAAGUCUACAAAUUUUAGCUGUAAACAACAGGGUGCGACUCUACUUAUUUGCAUAUCGAACACAACUGCGGGCAGGUAUUUGAUUAGAACAGCUAAUGACAAAAGAAAUCUUAGCCGCGUCACCAUUUAAACUCACUGCUGCCAACGAAAUAGCAAGAAGAUAUUAGGCUUGCUGGACUUGAUUGCUUGACUUUUUCGACUCGUAAUUCAUUGUCUUUGUUCAAUGUCUAUCCCACCCAGCUGUUCCUUCUCGCUACAGCCCACGAGAGCGUUCAGAACAGAGAACGAAGUAUAGCAUCAGCAGCAUUCAGACGAAAUAGGCAGGCGGACCAAGAAAGCCGAAAUUUCAGCGCCGAACUACGCACAUACUUGUUUUCUACGCGCUUCGCUUGACACAUAUGCUCUUGCCUGCUGAUCGUGUACGCAUCUCCGAUAUUUUCUAUCAAAAGUUUGCCGGGUGGUAUAUGCUUCUCCAGUUAAAUAGUGGUGUAUCUUCGUUUAACAGAGAGAAGCCGGCCAACUUACGAGAAAGGUCCACGAGCACGCGACGGAGAACGCAGAUACGCACGAGUUUUUAGUGAGAAAUGUGCAUACAGCGAUGCCGGGGAGAGUAGUGUGAAAAGUGGUAGCCACUGUGGAUGGCAGCAGGUGAAAAGUCAGUAGCGUGGUGCGCGACACCUUUUCUGUACGCCUCUUCGACUGCGAAAGCAGCCACUACAAUCAGCACGACGACGACGACGACAUCGAUAGCGAGUACACUAGCCGGGACCUCGGUAGCUAAUGCUAUUAGCAGAAUGAAUGGUUUUAGUACGGGCGAGGAGGACUCGCGGGGGGCCGCCGAUCAGAUUUGCAGUCUCGUCGACGAGGGCGUCAGAUGUGCCAGGCAAGCGGGCAAUGCAUCGUACAGCAAGAGAAUACAAAAGACCGUCACCCAGAGAAGGCUCAAGCUCAACCUUGACAGCAUGGCAAGGCACAUAUACAUGUGUGAUUAUCACAAACAAGUAAUUCAGUCUGCUCGUACAAAACAACAACACCAAAGGAGGAGGAAAGAGUCAGAUGAUGAUUCUGGGGAAACAGAUCAAGACGUACCUGAAGUUGACCUAUAUCAACUGCAUGCUGGUACACUUAGGAGAUAUAAGCGUCAUUAUAAAUUACAAACAAAACCUGGAUUGAACAAAGCACAGUUGGCUGAUAUUCUCACGAAGCAUUUUAAAACGAUACCAAUUGUUGAGAAAGACACACUAAGUUUUUUCUUCUACACAGUUAAAACUAAUGCAAAUAAGCUGGAUCAAAAAAAUGGUUUGAGUAAUGAUACAUCGUAGCCUUGGUUCUAGUAUUGAGCGUCACUAAAUGUCAUUUAUUUAGUGAGAUAUAAAAAUUUAUAUUUAGCUUUUUACACGUUGAUAAGAGUAGAUUAUUUUGUAAAAGUAUGUGUAAACUAUAAAGAUAGAAUUAUUCUGUGUUUUAGGUAUAAGUCUUUCACUCUAAAAGUACUAAUAAUAAUAUUUCAAAUGACAAUAUGUUUUAAUAAAAUUAUGUUAAUAUUUUAAUGAAUAUCUCAUGUGAUUGUACAAAUAUUUACAUUUACUUCUAACUCAUGACAAGUCUUGUUCUGACAAAACUUGUAUACUCUUUUUUUUGUCU